UACCCCACCCAUAUUGCAGUGACGGCAGUCGGUGAGGUUGUCGUGGCAGAUACCGGAAACCACCGGUUCGGAGUUUUCUAUGGUCCUCAGUACAUGGCCUUUGAUUUUUAUGGAGAGCUGGGCAGUGAACAUGGCCAGCUUUUCUAUCCUUUAGGAUUGGCCACAGAUGAAAAUCGCCGCCUGUACGUCUGUGACGCCAAUAACUACAGAGUGCAAGUGUUUGACAGGAGCUUCAGAUUUCAGAGCUGUCCCAUACAGCGGACUUAUCUCAUGGGAAAAUCGGUGUCUCAAGACGUCAAACCCGUGGACUGUGCUAUAAAUAACAAGCAGAAGUUGGUGGUUCUGUUCCGAGGCAGAGGUUACAUUUCCCUUCAGGUA